AUGAAAUCGUUCACAAACUGCAGGGAGGAAUUUUUCAUUUUUCCCAUCACACAUGUCGCCCACCGAAUGUCUGUGGUGUUGGCGGUGCUAUUCGUCGCCGGCCCACUCGCAGCCCCCGUCCAUGCUGCACCGUUCGAUUUCGGCUUCAACACGAACUUAUCCUCGGACUCCAUGGCAGGAUACAGCGCGCGGCAGGAUGAUCUGCUACCGUUUUUGACCGACCAGGAUGAUUUGCUCGCCAAUCGAGUGGGCACCGUGCUGGGGGCUUUUGGAAACACACUAUCGCAGCUCCUGUUUGGCACGAAUGACGUCAGCACGGAUGUAACCUUCUGGUGUGGAACGACGAAUCAGCCUGAGUACGUGCAGGCGUACGUGGACGAUCCGCUCAUCACGCAGAAGCUGGACCCGUCCAAACCGAUCGUCUUCCUCACGCACGGCUGGACCGACAACGUGAACCGCACCUGGGUGAAGCAAACCGUGGCUGACUACAUCCGGCUGAUCGGGGGCAACAUCUGCGCCGUCGAUUGGAGCACGCUGGCGUUGGUUGAGUACAACCUGGCGGCUCGCAACACCCCCAAGGUGGGCCGUUACCUGGGAAAAUUCGUGCAGUUCCUGCUGACGAAGGGCUUUAGCAUCAACCAGGUGACGUUGGUUGGGCACAGCAUGGGCGCACAUAUCUCCGGUAUCGCUGGGGCGUACCUCGGUGGGCAGGUGCCCAACAUCAUCGGUCUUGACCCAGCUGGACCGGCUUUCACGAAGCCUAUCCCGGUGUCGACGGACCGACGGUUGGAUCGCAGUGAUGGCCGAUUCGUGCAAGCCAUCCACACGGACAAGAACAUUAUCGGUACGACGAUGAACCUCGGUCACGAGGACUACUACGCGAACAGCGGUGCCAGUCCUCAGCCGGGCUGUGAGUUUCCGCUGGUGAACAACGACACGACCAAAUCGUACCUGCAGUUCAUCUGCAGCCACUUUAAAGCCGUCGAGUAUUUCCGCGCAUCGCUGGAUCGGCAGAACAUUUUCGAGGGCACGUCGUGCUCGUCGUACUACAGCUUCAAGCGGAACGAUUGCUCCGCCGGCACCAAAGAUGACUUCGGUCUUUUCAACAAUAAAACAGCGUCCGGUUCCUUAUUUAUUGCAAUCGACAAAACCGUUUACCCGUACGCGAGGACGGUAGCUAGGAGUGCAAGGAAAUAA